AAAGCAAUGGAUUCUUCCGACGGAACAAUGCACGCGAAGACACCGAAACCCUCCUUUUCUUAGCUUGCUCAAGGGUCGCGGGAAUGCUGACCGAGAACAGCGGAGGAGUGGGUAGGGGGGGAAGGGAGAAGAAGACAAAAGAGGUCCAAAUGAAGGAAAGAAGAAGAAGGAGAUGGAGAGACUGGAGGGAAGCGUGGAGAGAGAGGGAGGGGAGGGGAGGGGAGGAGAGGAGGGAAGAAGAAGUAGAAGUAGAAGAAGCAGAAGCAGAAGGAAGCCGGUGGCCAGUUCGCAAUGGAGGAAGGGAAGGAGGAUCAAUCCGCGUGUCUUUUUUUUGGGGCCUCCGGCACGCCCGCAGCGGCCGAAAGCGGACUAGCGCAGCCUCGGCCAGUGGGAAAAAAAGGGGGCGUCCGCUUUAGGGCCCGGCGAUCAUGUGCCAUCCCCGUCUCCGGGUUUGUCACGACAGUCAGGCACCUAAUUUCAUGCUGGGCGCGUUUCCCUGGAUUCGGACGACCUGGACGUCCUGGAU